GCACCGGAUUGGACAGCGUGUAGCCGAGUUCUAUGGGCUGGAUGGUGUCUCCCUAGGCGAUAGAGAAGUCCAGAUCAGGACCUUGGAUGGACUCAUGAAAAAGCCGCCGCUCACUAAGUUUAUUCAAUGUCUUGUCUGGACUGUUCCUGCCUGAGACGGACACCUGUGAAAUCUAUAAGCCAAAGUAAAGAAUCCACCACAAGCAUCUAUCCACACUGGGCAGGUGAACUGCCGCAGUGCUGGAUUCCUCCUGUGCUGGGAGGGCAUGACAUGCCAGUACGAUACAAUGAAGUCAACAACUAUGAACUUCAACAGGAACUUGGAAAAAGGUUCAGUAACGUAACUACAGUCUACCUCGCUCGCCACACUCCUACAGGAACCCUGGUCACGGCACAGCUCACAGACCUGGAUGACUGUUCAGACGAACAAAUUCGAUUCUUGCAGAAUGAAGCCGUCAUGUCAUCGUUUUUUCGGCAUCAUAACAUUAUGGUUUCUUGGAAAAUGUUUACUGUUGGGACAUGGCUUUGGGCCAUUAACCCUUUCAUGGCAUAUGGUUCCGCUAGCAAUCUUGUGAAGACAUAUUAUCCAGAAGGCAUGAGUGAGCUUUUAAUAGGAAACAUUUUGUAUGAAACGUUAAAAGGGUUACAUUAUUUGCACCAGAAUGGAUAUAUUCACAGGAGUGUGAAGGGGAGUCACAUCCUCAUCUCAGAAGACGGUCUCGUAUCUCUAUCUGGACUUGGUCACCUCUAUAGUAUGGUCAGGAGGGGUGAAAGAGCUAGGGUGGCAUAUGAUUUUCCUACUUUUAGCACUGCAAUGCUUCCUUGGCUGAGUCCUGAGCUGCUGAGACAGGACCUCCAUGGAUACAAUGUGAAGUCUGACAUCUACAGCCUUGGAAUCACUGCCUGUGAAUUAGCUACUGGGCGUGUACCAUUCAUGGACAUGCACCGCACUCAGAUGCUGCUACAAAAACUGAAAGGUCCACCACAGAAUCCUCUGUACGGUUACACCUUUCCCUGUGAAGAAUCCCCCAUGAAGAUCUCACGCUCAGGUGUGGAUUCAGGUAUCGGAGAGAGUGUUGUUGCUGCAAGCAUGACUCAGACCAUGACUAGUGACAGGCUGAGGACCCCGACCCCAAGAACGUUCUCAUCUGCUCUGCAGAACCUGGUGGAGGUGUGCCUACAGCAAGAUCCUGAGAAAAGACCAUCAGCUGCCAUGUUGCUGUCCCAUCCAUUCUUCAAGCAGGUAAGGGAGCAGACUCGGGACUCCAUGCCCUCACUGCUGCCCUCUCUGGCACAACAUCGGAAGCACAGCUCAGGUGGCUCCUUUCCAGUGAUCAUGAAGAAUUACUCCUACAGAACUACAGACGAAGUUAAGGAAUGGACAUUUCAUUAAUACUGUUUACCAAGCAAAAGGAAUAUCCUUUUUGCCUUACAUAUCAUAUUAGUGAGCAGUGUAAGGCUUCAGUUUCCGGCAGUUUCCUUUUAUAGAAUUAAAUAUACAUGUGUGUAUUUUGGGGUUUAUGCUCAGAGAGCAUAAUGUGAAUAUGCAGAUAUUGCACUUAUAAACUGCAGAGAAGCGGUAAGUCGCGCACAUAAUUAACACUAAUUGGCACUUCAGACUUUCUGCCAUAAUUGUAGAAUUUUGAUUGUUUUGUGAACCUUGUGUUGCUGGCCAUUGCUGCGCCAUUGAGUUUUUAACUCGAUAAGUAUUCUUUUUACUUGUGUGAUUAUUUUGCUAUUUUUGUAUUGAUUUUUUAUUUUUAUUUUUGUGCUUUAUAUUGCGGUUUUGUAUGAAAAGCCAAAACAAAAUUGUCAGGUAUUUUAAUGUAAUGUAGAUAAUGAAGCCUACAUUGAUGCAAUGAUAAAGAGAAGCACUGGUCAGUCUAUCCUUGCAUUGCAUGUUCAGCCUCUAUUUCUAUAGCAUGUAGGCUUAAGGAUCCGUCAUUUGCAGGAACAGGUAGAGAAAUGUAUUGAAGAACGUGUAAAUUGUUUCAUUUUUAAACAUAUCUCAAUUCCCUAAAGAGCACUUGCACAAAAAAUAUGUGUACAGGAAUAUGCAGAGUAUAUAUGAAUACAAUUUAUGAGUAAUUACAGAGCGGACCAUCCUGGUAGAUGCCACAAAAUACCACUUUAGGAGGCCCUUAUUGGUGCAGAUAGUGCAACAUUUAAGAGCAAAUUCUUGGAUGAGUAUAUAAUUAGGUUGAGCUGGCAAAUUUUUAACAGUUUUUUACAUUUAAAGGCUAUGGACACCGUCGGGGCAAUUUGUUUAUGAUUGCAUUUAACUUAUUUAGGGCUAAAAAUCUUUUUUUUUUUAAUUGGUCUUUAUUCAAGAUAUUCUAUAUCAAUCUUUUUGCAAGCUGACAUUUUCUGUUUUCUUUAAAUCCCAUCAUCUGAUGGCUCUCAUGUAGCUCUCAUCUCUGAUCUCCUGUACUCAUAAACACUCAUUAGAGCUAAACGCUUAUCAAACUGAUAAGAAUAUGGCUUAAAUAAGUGUUUAUAAGGUCAGGAGAUUAGAGAUCAGAACUACACACGAUUCAAAGAAAACGAAAAUUGACAGCUUGAAAACAGGCUGCUUGAAAAAAUAGUUUUUAUCCCAAAAUGAGUAAAAUUCUAUCAUAAUAAAAUGCCCCCAAAGGUGUCCAUAGCCUUAAGAGG